AUGGCAGAAACGUCGCAGUUUCGCUUCAAACAACAGCAUCCGAAUAUCCCAUCUAAGAAUCCAAGUCUUGCUAAGGGACAAUGGGAAGCGCUAAAACCGAUGAUCUCAGACCUCCUUCAUCGAGGACUCUCCAUCUCAGAGAUUCACCGACAACUCGACUCCAAACACGUUCACGUCACACGGAGUCAGCUCACUACCCAGAUGAACAAAUGGGGAUUCACCAACGACAAGAAGAAGCUUCAUCAGGGUGAAAGGCCCAUCUCCAAUCAAGACUCCACUCAAGUGCACAUUACGGACUUGGAUUCAGAGGCUCCGACCGUCUACAUCGAAGCAUUCAUCAGCAGCACCUUGCCACAACUAGAAUCGCACAAACUCGAGACGCAUACGUUCGAUCAGCCCCGAGCCUGCCAACCGAUCUCAGGGACCUGA